UUGUUUCUCCGCAAAGUGACAUUGCAGGGAGGUGUGUUGCUGCGGAGCGAUACGUUGGAAACGAGAGCCGCGUGCGGCCGAUAGGUUUUCGCUUUAGUGUGUCCGCCGUUUGUCGAACCGAGUGUGCAUAAGCCGGAUACCCGUUGGCGAGCUAGUCUCCGAAAUCCACAUUCAUCCGCAAUGGCUGACCAACUCACAGAGGAACAGAUUGCGGAAUUCAAAGAGGCAUUCUCGCUGUUUGACAAGGAUGGUGACGGCACAAUCACAACCAAGGAGCUUGGGACGGUGAUGAGGUCACUGGGCCAGAACCCCACGGAAGCGGAGCUUCAGGACAUGAUCAACGAAGUCGACGCUGACGGCAAUGGGACGAUUGACUUCCCCGAGUUCCUGACCAUGAUGGCGCGCAAGAUGAAGGACCAGGACAGUGAGGAAGAGAUCCGUGAAGCGUUCCGGGUCUUCGACAAGGACGGCAACGGGUUCAUCUCGGCGGCCGAGCUACGCCACGUCAUGACCAACCUUGGCGAGAAGCUCACCGACGAGGAGGUGGACGAGAUGAUCCGCGAGGCCGACAUCGACGGUGAUGGACAGGUGAACUAUGAAGAGUUUGUAACGAUGAUGACUUCGAAGUGAAGAGGCUUUCCUGGGGGGUAACGUUGAGGGGGAAAAGAACUACGGAGGUCCUGUUGUAACGCGAGGCUGACGACGAAAAAAAAAAAAACUGACGUGCGGUGGCUUUUCCCCUCGCGGAAGUCCUGCCGUCACCCCCACUUGUAAUUAAUGCCGACGGCAAGAGGAACAGAAAAAAAAAGUAUAUAUAAAUUUUGUCGCCCUUUUUUACCCGGUUUAUUUUAAUUUCCUUUGCAUUCUUCACUCCUUCUUAUCCUUUUUUUUUUACUUCUCCCUUCCUUGUUUCACAUCUCGCGAAACAACCUGUUUGAAGCGCAGAGACGCUACAUAGCUGAGACCUAUUGCCAAUCAUCGACCCCUCUCGCCUCAGUUCCCCCCUAUCGUAGGCCUGCCUUACAUCAAUUAACGCGUUUUUGGCAAAGCGUCUCUUGCCACGUCUGCCGUGGGAAGGUGUUUGUGAGGGUGUUGGCUUUCCACCAAAGCAGCCUGUUUGAUACUGAAAUAAGAGGGGAGGGGGAGGCUGUGACCCGCUGACCUCUCUUCCGACGCUUCACUUUUCCCCCCCACACGCCUGCUACCCCCACUCCGUCGGUCUCUUUCCCGUCUUUGGCGGGUUGUACAUCUAUGGCUCUGAAAAAAAAAAGUGUGUACUAUAGAGAAUGUGCUUGUUGGUGUGAGGUGGUGAAGUUAAGACCCUCCCCUCCUAACUCCCACCCCUGCCGCUCCUGUGGCCCAACCUUUUUCAAGAAGACCAUGCUUGUGUGGGUUGACGGGGAUGGUGUGGGUGCGGGGUUGAGAGUGGUGAAGGCUUGGAUUGGAUUCUGGGCUUAGACUUCCCACCCUCCAGUUUGCCGGAGCUCUUUCCCUGGCUUCUUUGCUUCUUUCGGUUCUUGCUUAUCGGGUGGGCAUUCCAACCACCUGCCGGUGUUGAGUCCCGCCCAUGCUUGUAUACCUCUUUAUUCUUAGUUGUGCAGAAGGUUCCGGUGAUUUGUGCCCCUCUCCACGUCAAGCAUUUUUACACCUCUCCCCUCUGGUGUAAUGCCUGCUUUCAUCCAAGGAAGAAACAAAUUUCGUUCCUUUUUUUUUUUUUUUUUUUGCACCACUUGAUCGCCUUCCACGUCGUAGGUGUGUGUGCCAAGACUGAUGCCUGAUUGUGUGUGAUGCAAAGGAGGCAGUUGAGGUCAAAAGGGUAUGUGGCGCAGUUCUCUAAAGUUGGCACAAGUUGAGGUUUGAGCGUUGAUGCCACUCCAACUAAUGUGGUGAACUGCACGCUCUUCUUUGUCAUUUGGGCAUGUUUUUGUUCUAGUUUCUUGCACGCUUUUUUUUUUUUUUUUUUGCAUGGGUGGCAUUUAGAUUGACGGGAUUUUCUUAUUGUCCGACGGACAAAAUAGCUCUUGCGCACACCUCUUCUAGCAUUUUUUUUUCUUAUGUUUGUUUUGCUUUACUGAAUUUUUACUGCAUUUCUCUUUCAUGCGUUGCGUCGCCGAUCCGUCAGACCCUGAACAGGACACCGUGCUGAUCACGUUUGUGCGAGGGAAAAGGAUACUUUGGCAGGAUCUUGUGUCCUAAGGCCUGCACAAAUCGCGUGUUUCCCGAGAAUUGCAUUUGUGGUUGUCGUCGCAUUGCUUCUAUCACCUGUUUGUCCAGACGUGUUAAUUUAUUGUGUCAAAUUCACUUUCUGUUGCGUUUAAUACCUCUCCUCUCAUCCUUUAGUUUUUGCCACCGUUUCUUUUAAAAGCAGGUAACCAUCAAAGGAGUCCUUAUCUGUCAGUUAGAUGCCCCCCCUUUCUUUUUCUUUUUUCGGGGGAUUCUGCGAGCAUGUGGCUUGCUUCACCCCCAUUUUUGCACUUUUUGCGACUUUGGAAUUGCAGGCUGAGGUCUUUGACAAGGAAAAAAACAUUCCAUGAUUUCAGAGGUUGUUGGAGAUGGGGGUGGCAUCUGUUUUUUUUUGGUUUUUUUUCCCUGGGUACGUGUUUGUUCGUGAUCACCUUUUUCUGAUUAGAAUUUUAGUCCAUAAGCCCCUGCGGCAUCGGUAACGCUGCCAUUAUUAUGUAGAGGUGGAGUUGUCUCGUCACAGGUUCGUAUGUCUCGCGGACAGCUUGUCAGCCGUGUGUUGGCUAUGCUGCUGUUCCUCUGACAGCAUCGCCGUUGGACUCGCUCCCAACCGUGCUAGCACAUAAUAAGGUUGUGCACAGAGGGGUUGGCCAGCGGACAACAUUCUAUUGUGUUCUCGCUUCUGCGACAGCAAGUCCUAAAUUUGUUUUUUUUUUUUUUUUUUUCCCCUGCAAAGAAGUAAUAUUGUGGUGAUGCACGCCUCGAGCCAUAUCGUUGCCAAGUGCAUGAUGAUCAUGUUUGGCUUCUCAACGCUAGGUUCAAUCUCGUCAGUGCGUCGUCCAAAUGUGGUGGGGAAGGACUCUCUUUUUUCCGGGGUCUUUGGAGGCCUUGUCGUGCAAAAACUCUUCCACCUUUGGUAGGUCUAGACACGAGAAACUCGCUUAUUUCAAAACGCUUUUCAAGGCCUUUCUCUUGCUCCAUCAACUUCCUGAAAUCCAUUUUUGAGGAUUUUUCACCCAACACAAACACACACUUUAAUCCUCUGCCCCUCCCCUUUUCCUGCGCCCAGAUCCUCUGUCAAACAGUCUUCGAAGAUCUCUCAUAUCCAGUCGCCUUGGUUAGUUCGUGUGCUUGGUGCUCCGAUAACACACUACCCUCUCCUUUCCUGAAUGAACUUAUACAUCGCGCACUUGAAGAAAAAAAUAUACGUUAAAUGCGGACACCCACAGGAUAUAUGAUGCAUUGUAAUUUCGAGCGAUGGUUGCUUAAUGCGAGGUUAUAAAAGGGGAACGAAUAAAAAAAGGCAUGGCAAAGUGCGGUGUACUCUGAGAGCGGAAGAGUUUUUCAAUAAACAAUGCUUCACCUUU